UACGGUUAUAGUUAAACACUUGACAAUAUUGAGGUAAAUCUUCAGUGAAUAAAAUAUAAUUAAGCGUUAAGGAACGAGAUUAAAAUGAGUUUAAACAUAAAAACGGGAGCUUACUGGGAAAGAAGUGAUCAAAAAGAGGAAGAUGAUCCGAAUUUCGGUGAAUCCAAAUUAUUCCUAAAUCGUCAUGCCAAUCGUGACUUUAAAAUAAAUGAAAUAGUCAGAAAAAAGGCGUACAAAGAGUUUCUCGAACAAGAAAAGAAGGCGAAAGAAGGUGGUGACGCCGGAGAAGAUACUAAAGAUGGAGAAGGUGGUAAUGAUGAAGAAGAAAAGGAAAUUGUUCAGGAACUUGUUGUUGAAGAGGAAGAAGACGAAGCUACAAAGAGAAAAAGAAGAAAGGAAGAGCAGGCAUGUACCAAGGAAGAGUAUGCAGUUGCCAAACACCUACGUUUCAACACACCUGCUCACACAGGCCGACUGGCCGGCAUGACAGUUAAAUGCUUUAUAGCAUCUGAUGCCGUGAACUGCCUUUUAGAUUCAAAAUGGUCAAAGGGGAAAGCAAACCCAGACUCUGAGAUUACAUUUACUGAUAGAAAAAGCUGUGUUCAAUUUCUUAAUAGGUUUAUACAGAAAGGUCUUUUUCAUAGAGCUGAUAAAGUAGAAUCUAAACGAGACAAAGAUAAGAAGAAAAAGAAGAAAGAUGUUGAAGAAAAGGAAAAAGAAAAAGAGAAAGAAAGUGAUAGCAAGAAAAGUAAAAAAUCUAAGAAAGUAACAGAGAAAGAGACAAAAGAAGAGGAGAAAAAAGAAGAAAAGAAAAAAACAGAUAAAAAAGAAGUAAAAUUAAAGAAAUUUAAAUUGAACAUGAGUGAUGACCAGAGAUUUGUUGAUGGUAAUUCUAUAUAUGUUUGGAUAUAUGAUCCUAUACACCCUAAGACAUUCUUCAUGGGAUUUCUUAUGUUACUGGGAGCUAUUGCAUUAUGCUUGUUUCCACUCUGGCCAGACUGGAUGAGAGUUGGAGUUUACUACGCAAGUUUACUGGGUGCUAGCUUUGUUGGUUUUAUGCUUUUCUUAAUAGUUUUACGAGUCAUCAUUUUCUCAUUAGUGUGGAUGGUAACGCUGGGUAAACAUCAUUUAUGGAUCUUCCCAAAUUUAACGGAAGAUGUCGGUGUUAUAGAAUCAUUCAAACCACUAUAUAAACAUGACAUUUACCCACCCCCAGAGAUCGAGAAAGAAAUGGAAAAAGAAAAGAAGGAACAAGAGGAAGAAGGUGAUUCAGAAAAUGAGGAAAAUAAAGACAAUGAUUAUGAUAUGGUUGAAUCAAAAGAAGACACAAACGAGGAAGAAAGAACAGGGGAGGAAAGCGAAGAAACAGAACAGCAGUGAAUAUAAAUUAUGUUUAAUGCAAGGGGGGUGAGGGAAUAGCAAGGUUUAUUGUAAAAUAAGUUUUCACGGUAUUUUUCUGGGAAUGGAAAAAAACCAUGGGAGGUUGAUGGAUUGUCUAUGAUUUUAAUUCCUUUGGGGGAGUGUAAUAGAAUAGCUGUGACAAUAGUUUUGAGAAUAAACUUAUGAAGGAGUGACUUAUUUUUUACAGUUUAAGAGUCUGAAAAAAAGAUAUGCUAUACAUGGUCUCAGUCAAACAUAUUUGAGCCGUGUCACGACAAAACCAACAUAAUGGGUUUGCGACCAGCAUUCGCGCAGUCUGAUCAGGAUCCAUGCUGUUCGCUUACAGACCCUAUAACAAGUAAAGAAACUGAUAGCGAACAGCAUGGAUCCUGAUCAGACUGCGCGGAUGCACAGGCUGGUCUGGAUCCAUGCUGGUCGCAAACCCGUUAUGUUGGUUUUGUCGUGACACGGCUCAUUUUAAUGUUUUGAUGGUUUUGAAAACAUAUUGAAUGCAAUAUUUUUCUACUACUUGCCAUAUCUCACAUUCAUUUUUGUUUUUAAUCUGCUGAAUCACUAUGCCUAUACUAUGUGACGUUUUGUGGUCUGCAUGGGGCAGAAAAUCAACACAAAGGCAGUUUAGGUAAUACACUUUUGUAUAUUUAUAACAUUUAAGAUACAAGAAUUUUAUGAGUUUUAAUUAGAUGAAACAAAGAUCCCUCUCAUUAUAGCGAAUAGCUCAUACAUAGAAUGUGUUUAAAGCAAAAUAGCAGUAUUUUCUACUGAAAGUGAAACUGUCCAUUCACGUAUUCAUUGGUUUUCUGUCCAACACAGAUCACAAAAAAAAAUCAUGUGGUAUAGGCAUUGUGUGAAUUGUGUAUUGAAUUUGACCCGGCUUUUAAUUUCCAGCAGUCCAUUUGAAUGUAAUGGGCUUUCAGUUAUGAAAUAUGAAAAAUCGAAGCUACAAAUAUGACAUAGAAAAGAGCUUGGUCUGACUCCACAGACUUGCAGGCUGUUCCUGGCUCUAUACUGGUGUCAAAGGCUAAUAUUCAGCAGUUUCACAUUUUUCAUUCUGUAUGCUAGAUUCCAGAAUUUUUUAAACGGAAAAAUAGUGACAUUUUAAUAGUUCUGUUGAUGAAGUCAAAACUGAAAGAAUCCACUGAACUCUGCUUUUAAUUUUGUUAGUCAAAUUUUUGUUGUUAAGACAGUUUUAAAUUACAUUGUGUAUAUGUAAAGAACAGUGUACAUUACUUCUGUCAUUGAAAAUGAUUUUACAAAAAAAGAAAUCUCAAUAUUUAUUGUUAUGUUUGCUUUAAAAAAAGGAUGGGUUUACAAACAGUAGAUGGGAUCUCAGCUUUGGUGUUAUUUUACAAACUCCUCACAGUGAUUACCUCCCUUGGCAGAUUGUAAUCUCUGUACUGAUAAGGGGAGAUCACUGUGAAGGAGAUUGGCUAUUUUUCUCUCCAAGAGAUGGGGUUGAUUAUUUAUAUAUAUAAUUAUUUAAAGACAAGAAAGUGCUUUGAGGCAAACUUUUCCAUGACAUGGUUAAUAUGUUGUUUUUUUUUACAAUUUUCUUCUCAAAUCCAUAUAACUAUUUUUGACUUACGCUUCUUGGGAUUACUUUUUUAUGCUCUAGUUUUACUGAGUAAAUUGGUUUUCAAAAAAAGUUGUAAGGGGUAAUUUUUUCAUUGGAGCAAAUCAAUGAUUGAUGGAGGUUUUAUUUACAUUUAAAAGAGUUUUAUUUUUCAGUAAUUUGUUAAUGCUUAGUUUUUUUUGUUUUGUUUUUUUUGUGGUCAAAGAGCUAUAUUAGAUUAAAGUAGUCUAAACUUUUAAGAAGUCGUGUUUCUUUUAUUUUAUGGAUAAGCUUCUAAAAUUCUAAAAGUUUUUUUUAUGGACCAAAGAGGUUUUAGCCUUUAAAAUGUUCUAUUUGUGGAUUAAAGUGGCAUGAUUUUUUUUCAAUUGCAUUUUGGAUUACUAGUUAAUGGUACACAUCUUUAAAACAUUUAAAAAACAAUAUUAUGGAUUAAAUUGGUUUAAACUUUUUUUUAAUAGAUUAUAGAUUUUUAUUAUUCAAGCAGUCUGAAGUUUCUAACCAUUAAAACACAUCCAAGGAGUCUGGUCAUAAAUAUUGUAGGAGUAAACAUGGGGGAUAGAAAAUAUGUUCUCAUUUCAUAAGAUAAAGUGAUUAUUUAAAUGGGGACCAACCAAGUUAAUGGCAAAUGUGUAUUGUACAACUAACUUGUGUCAAGUUGGUAUAUCAGACUGUUAUGUUGUCAUAGAGUUUUGUACUUUUUGUGUGUGAAUGUAUUCUAGGCUUAAUGAGGGUCCAUCUGCCCUUUCAGGCACUGAGAGUAAGGACCCCAGACAUGUCACCAUUCAUGUCCUAUACUUUUGUGUGUGAAUGUGACAUGUUUAAAACCAUUAAAUGCUUCCAUCUUAAAGGAUGGAAAAAUUGUACAUGUUACUUUUAUGAUUUUAUUUAUUGCUUAAACUGAAAAUGACGAUUGUUCUUCACUUAGGUGAUCCAAAUAUUUUGGUUGCUGACCACUAAUUAAGUAAACACUGUAUCAUGUGAUGAAUUUAGUCAAGCUUUUACAAGAUAUUGACUUGGGAGUUAAGAGAAUAUAAUAUUUUUUAAGAGAGGGUUUCACACAAUAUCUUAACCAAAACCUGCUGAAUUUCAUUGAUUGCUUUGAGUUCAGCUUCCAUUUAUAGAGCUUUCUCUACUUAUCUAAUUCGCUUAAAGGAAAACUUUUGAGCUGUGUCACGACAAAACCAACAUAAUGUGUUUGCGUCCAGCAUGGAUCCAGACCAGCCUGCGCAUUCGCGCAAUCUGAUCAGGAUCCAUGUUGUUCGCUUACAGACCCUAUAACAAGUAAAGAAACUGAUAGCGAACAGCAUGGAUCCUGAUUAGACUGCGCUCAUUUUUUUUUUACCAUGGAAUGAUUACAUGAUCUACCAUAAGACUAAUAAUCUUUGAAUUAAACCACAACUAUCCAACCACAAACCAACAAACAAACCACAAACAACCAAUUUAUCAGGGAAAACGAACACUUGUUUUGGUGAAAUUUAAUUUUUCUCUGGACUUCAAGUGACCAUUUAAAUGAUGAAUUGCUAAGUAAAACACAAAAACUAAUUUAACCAAUCAUCAUUUUUCAAAUGAUGGCAAUUAGGAAUACCUUGGCGAUAGAAAAAAAGAAAAUUACAGAGAUUAUUGUUACGAAGCAUUUCAUAUAUAUAUUAUGGAUAUAUAUACUUUAGAGUCAUUGCGUAAAUAUUUUUAUGAUUAUUUGUAUUUGUUUUUGGACACAUUGAAAUGUUAUUGAGAAGUUGUUGAUAUACAUUUGUCAUAUUUGGUUAUUAAACAAGAUCUGUGAAAAAAAAA